AUGGGGGAACAAACCUACGACGAUGGCAUCUCGGAUAUCUCGGACAAGGUGGGCGUGAUCCUGAGUGAGCUUGGCGAGCAGGAGGAAUCCUACGCCCACGGGCUCGACGAGGCGAGAAACGCGCUCAAGUCCAUCCGCAACACGGAGAAGAGCGUGCAACCCUCGAGGGACAGCAAGUCCAAGAUUGCAGACGAGAUUCAGAAAUUGAAGUUCAAGGAGCCCCAGAGCCCCAGAUUGGUUGUUCUUGAGCAAGAGCUUGUUCGGGCGGAGGCCGAAAACCUUGUCGCCGAGGCGCAGCUUAGCAACGUGACUCGCCAAAAGCUCAAGGAAGCCUACAAUGCCGAGUUCCUCGCGACCAUCGAGCGCGCUGAGAAGCAACUCAUCCUGGCUAAGCACGGCCGCCGCCUGUUAGCCCUCCUUGAUGACGCGCCCAUGGUGCCUGGCGACCGACGCCCUGUUUACCCGCACGGCGCGCAAGCACGCCAGAUCCUUAACGAUGCUGAAGACGACUUGAGGGACUGGAGGCCGGAGGCUGAUGCCUACGGUACACCUGAAAGCAGAAGCCCCACCAAUAGCUUCAGGGGAAGAAUCUCGCAAUUGAUGAAGCAGAUGAGAUUGAUAUUGCCCCAGUAA